GAUUCUUUCCUAGACAGUCCCUAAACUCUAGUACAGUAUUCUAGUAUCGAUGACUAUUUCUUCCUGCACAGAAAAUUCUGUCGUGAAGUUCAGCUGAUUCCGCCGAUUUCUCAACAAUUUGCUUCCAUUUCCCUUCAUUACCCCGGAUUUUUCCACAGAAAGUAGAUAAUCGAUAUUGAUUAUGUUUCUUUGCUGUCAGUAGAGCGGAAAAGAAGUUACUCCUUGAAUACAUGGAUAUGUGUAUGAAUGAUGAUACGCGUGAAAGAGUUACUACAAAGGAAGUCCGCUUGUGAGUAUUUGUCCGAUUCUUAUGAUUUUGCUUGUUUUCGUUUCCUCUUUCAUUUACAAUCUGACUGUCAUCACCUGGACGCCCUCUCCCUUGCAUUCUUCUUCGACCAUCCAGAAUGAAUUCGGCUCAGGGCCCCUCAAUGCUGCAACAACAAGAAGAUGACAAGCCGCGCGACGUGAAACCUGUUGUGAAGACUUUGAAUAGAGUUCCACGUGCCUGUAAUGCCUGCAGGAAACAGAAGAUGCGCUGCGAAGGGGCUGAUAACCCACCUUGCAAACGUUGUCGAAACGCUGGACUGGAAUGCUUAUUCGAGAAGCCGUCGAGGGAGGCCACUCUGACCGGGGAAGCAGGUUUAGAGCGCAUCCGUAGCCUUGAAACACAUGUUGUUGAGAUUCGGAACACUCAAACUUCCAUCCUGAAUACUCUAGCUGAUAUCCAGGCUUCGUUGCGUGGUGCCUCCUUCCAGAAUCGGUCUCCGUCCGCGUAUCCGCCCUCCUUUCACCAUCAGUCACCAAGCGUCAAUUCGCCACCAAUAACUUCUCCCCCGACUGCUCAUACUCAUGUUUCCGACAUGCAACCUUCUCCUGUCCCUGGUUAUGCUGCCCAUCCUAUGAAUCAGUCAUCUUCCUCGCGGCCUUCGCGGCCUCCGAUCGCUACCUAUCCGUCUCAAGCAUCCCAAUCUUCACCUGUGGAUUACCAUCAGAACGGUCCUCAAUACCCUCACCAAUAUCCAAAUGGGAACUACCAACAACAACAACAAUCACAACCACAACCACAACCGCCGUCAGUACCACAACAAGGAGGGCCUGUCCUACCUCCUUUCUCAAGUUUACAGACUCUACAUCCUCAGUCUUCGGUCCGCUUUCAAGGACCUCCUGAGGAGCAGGCCAGAGUCGGACGACAAGGAGGCUCUAAUAAACGACAAGCUCCGAGUACCUCAAAUGUCACUAGUGCUGAUUCCUCAGACAUUGACGACGAUGAGAACGGCGAAUUGCCGGCUUCAGGUCUUGUUGCUCCCUGGGAAGUUCUUCGAGGUUUAGCGGAUGUAGCCAGUGAGCGAGCCGCAAAAGAAAACGGCGACAGUAGUGAACCGCAAAGUCGAGCUCGUACGCCGACACCUGAACGACAGAUUCGACCAACAAAGCGGAGGAAAUUACGCCACAAGAAUCCUCGCGGCAUGACCUUUCCUGACGUUGUCACCAAGAAAAUCAUUUCCGAAGCGGAAGCUCGGGAACUUUUUCGCAUCUUCUACCACGGAUCGAACACUUUCUUGCCUGUGUUUGACUUUAAGGUGGACACUUACGACGCUCUCCAUGAGCGUUCGCCCUUUGCUGUGAAUUGCAUAUGUAUGGUCGCUGCCCGGGUGCGAGAUGGUGGAGGGAAAGCGGGAGAAACGCACAAACGCUGUUUAGAAGAAGUCCAAGCAAUCUCUUGUGCCACCUUAUUUGCGCCCGUUACUCGUGUCGAGGCUGUUCAGGCCAUGAUCCUUGUUUCAGGAUGGUCCGAUAAUGGAUGGUUAUCUGGAGGCCAUGCGGUGAGAAUGGCUAUGGAACUGUCACUGCACAAAGCCUGGCCUCGGCUCCUGCGUCGCAUCAACCUCAAAAAGACCAGUGAAGAUGACAGAGACCUGGUCAUUGCUUCACGAACGUGGUUCUGCCUUUACCUGUUUGAACAUCAACUGUCUUAUGGCACUGGUCGGCCUGCUAUUCUAAAAGACGAUGAGAGUAUACGGCACUGCCGCUUGUUGCUACAGCAUCCUCUCGCUAUUGAGGAUGAUAUGAGGCUUGUAUCGACUGUUGAGUUGAUCACGCUACGUGAACGAGUUCACAAUGCACUUUCAUCUUUCGACGAACCAGUCAAGGAUUCAGAUUUUGAUGAAUUAAAAAAGGCUGAUGCUUCGUUUCGAACUUGGUUUGCGACAUGGGACCAUGCCUUUUCGCAGAAGUAUGAGGACGCUGCAUUUUACCGACAAAGUCUUCAAAUACAGCAAUUUCAUGCCGAACUAUUCCAUAACGCUACUGCUCUACGUGGUAUCAACGGUCCGGAGGAUGUUCAAAGAAUGCCACAAAUACAAAGAGAAUUGGCUAUACGGUCAAUACAAAUUGCCCGUCAAGGUUUGGAUAUAACAGUAAACUCUCCCGCCUACCGUGAGGGUAUGAAAUAUGCGGUACAUUAUACCCACGCAACUGCCACAUUUGCUGCUUCGUUCUUGCUGAGAUUAGCUCGAUUGUUCCCAAACGAGUGCGACAUGUAUGACAUCAAGAAUCAAGUUGAGCGUCUUGCGAAUCUCAUGGCUGAGAUACCGGGAAAACGAUACGCUUUGACCCUUCAAGUUAUGCUGAAGAGAUUUAAGAAAAGGAAAUCUGCGUCCGCGUCACGGUCACCGACAGCUUCCCGAGAACCACACAGGAAUCCCAACAUCAUGGAACACAGCAGUAGUAGCAGCAGCUCUAUCCAGGGUGCUCAGGUCUAUUCACCUGUAUAUGAUACCCAUUUUGGAGAAAAUGCUCUCCCUGUGAACCACUCCCAGAUGCAACAGCAGCAGCAACAACUACAACUACAACAACAACACAUUCAACCCCACCUACAACCCGCGGACGCUGACAACAUUUGGCGAGGAUUCGAAACCACUGCGAAUGAACAACUUCCUGUUUGGAUGUCUGACCAGACAUUAGGUGGAAGUUCAUUCUCGCAAAACGGGAUGGAUGCAUUUCUGCUUCCAGCCGACUAUCUGCCGCCGGCCCCUCAAAUUUGGUAGAGGAUUCGGUCAGAUUCGAUCAUGUACAUAUCUACUGUAUGUCUUUCUAUCAUAGAUACCCCUAUAUCUGUAUCGUAGAUAUGUACGUCACGUCAUGUAAUAUAUCUAGUUUUCACCGAAUUUGGACUUGCUAUGAAGCGCUUUGGCCGAGCUCAUCCAUUAUUCGAU